GUGAAAGGGGAAAGUUCGUAGCUGUGCAGCCGUGCUGGAAAGCCCACGACUUAAGAGGGAAACAUGGGUGAAAAUGAAGACUUUACCGGUUCUUUACAAGACAGCAAGGCAGCAUACAUACUCAGCAAUGUUGCCGAAGUGGUUGAGCGCAUUCUGACGUUCGUACCAACCAAAUCUCUCCUCCGGAUCGCAAGUGUGUGCAGGCUGUGGAGAAACUGUGCCCGCAGGGUGCUGAGGACCCAGCAGCAGCUCACCUGGGUGUCAGCCUGUGGACCGUCUAACACGGAGGUCCAUGCCCUCUGCAGCAUCCUGGCUGAGGAGGUGGAGAAAGUGUUUCUCCUGCCCAAAACGGUUCUGGCAAUGGUAGACUGCGAAGCCUUCAACGGACAAGCGUAUUGCUACAGACAGAGUAAAGCAAAAAAGAGUCGCCACAGUCCGGAUACAGUUGAAGAACUGAACCUCCUCUUCCCCAAAGGCUGUGACAUUAUGGGAAUUGCUACACCAGGCAUAGUCUUGACUCCUAGUGGCUCCUGCUCCAGCCUUCCUCAGGAGUACCAGGAGGGGGAGGCUGGCUUUGCAGUCAUGUUCCCCAGCAUGGAAGGUGUCAACAUCAAGCCCUUCCAUUUUUGCAAGAAGUCCAUCUCCCCAGAAGCCCUGAAAGAAGCAGGACUAGUUGACAACCCAGAGCUGCGCGUGGUUCUGAUAUUUGUCUAUGAGGCAUAUAAAUCUGGAGGAGCACGCUUCCUCGGCCAGAUACUGGAGCCGCUGGCCAAGAGCAAAGCUCUCGUUGCUGGAGGGCUGGUAGAAAGUGUCUUCUCUCCUACCAGACACUGCUGUAGCCAGGGUGCAUACGGCGUGGUCGGCCUGGCCCUGAGUGGCCCUAAGGUGCAGGGUGCAUCUGUGCUCUUGGACCAAGACGUCAGCAACCCAAAGGCUGCUGAAGCCACAAUCCGGCGGCUAAAGGCAGCCAAGAUUCCAGAGAGGAACACCCUAGGGUUCAUGUUCGCCUGCGUGGGGAGAGGCCAGAACUACUACAACAACCAGACCAAUGUAGAGGCGGACGCCUUUCACAAGGUGUUCCCCAACACCCCGCUCUUCGGCCUGUUCGGCAACGGCGAGAUUGGCUGCGACCGAAUCAUCAAAGAUGACUACACGCUGUGUGACACUGACACGGAUAGCCUGCAGCAUGAGUACACUACAGUCAUGACCUUGGUCCAUUUAGGCUGACUGACUGACCCACAGUGACAAUGGACGACAGGACGACCCUUUUUGGUCCUGUUUGCAACAGCAGUUGGGAACAAGAAACAUUCUGUACAGUGUGUAACUCGCAUUACAAUUCAGAAUAUUGCUGUCAACAUUUCCGCUCAUAAAGCAGGGAAAUGCUCCCUUUAGCCAUCAGUGUAAUGGCAUCAUACGGGAAACCCUUGGAGACUGUGUGUGUAAACACAGCUUCGUAUUAAAACUAGUGAGUUUCACAAAGUUCUGAUAUAAAAAGACAAACUGACCAUCUCUUUGUACAUUCAAAUGUGAUAGAGCACCCUUGUAAAAUAUAUGUGUUUAUAUUUUCCCCAAGUUUCACACAAGGCAUAUCUUACCCUGUGCCAUCAACCUUAUGGUCUGUUUGCCUUGCAGGUGAGUAAAUUAUAUACACUUGUGUGUCCCACAAGCUAUUGUUAUAGUCGUUGAUUCAGCGCAGGCACUUUUUAUUCAUGUAAGCAAGAGGAGUAUGGUCCCUCUUCCACAAAAAUCAAGGUAAUCUUGAUUUGAAUGCUCUUCCUUGUUAUGGUAGUUUUUACACCUUUGUCUUACCAAUGAAAAAAAUAAUAAACCUCAUUAGCCUACAAAACUCUUUUGAUAGAUAGAAGGUAUCUAUGUACCAUGGUUCAAUUCGGCACAGGGAAAUAGGUUAGAAUCUAACAGUGCCUCUUUUUUUGUUCACAUGUCGGAUCAUAUCUGUUACUACCUACUUCUAAGUGUUAAAUGUUGGGUUGCUUGUUGGUGGUUACUUCAACUCCCUAACUUCUGCAGCCUAAAAGCUGCAGCCUAAAAGCUGCAUCCUAAAACCUGUCGGCUGUGUAAGUGACGCUGACUCGCAGAAACUCUACUCUUCUACAACUGUCUAACUUUAGGAAACUGGCUGGAAAUAUAAGAUAUUCUAACUAAGGUCAGAAAAAAAUGUGAUGGAUUUGGUGUUGAGGAUGAUGUAUUUAGUAUCCUUUGCUAAGGUAAUAAAUGGUAAUGGUUCUUUUUGAAAUCUUGAUAGUAUAGUCUGAGACUAACUAUGAUAGUUGCACGUUUGAAAAAAACGGACAAAUAUAAGAAAUAAUAGACUAUAGCUGUCUGUCAAAAUCCAUUACUGCUUCUGGUUGGUCCUGUCAUUGAUGGUAUCAUGCUUUUUCCUCACUAAGAAGACUAUCCUCAUGCCAUGAUGGUGCAAUUUCCAGUAUAUACAUGUUUGCUUGUCAGGUAGUUGCUGUGAUAUGUUGAAGUUCAGUUUUUCUACACAGGCCUGCAAGAAUGGAUGUUUUUUAAGAAAAUUCCAUCAUUUUACUUUUUUAAGACCUAAUUAGAAGUCCUUCUUUGUAUCAUAACACACGCAUCUGCCCUUUAUAGUUUCUGAAGAGAAAGUUAAGAUGUAUUUUGAGUUAGUGUUUAUGGCUUAUUGAACUAAAUUGUUUUGGUGUCGAUGCACUUUUCUACAUGUGCCAAAUCAUGUCUGUUCUGCUCUUUUCCUCAAUAAAUUACAUUCAA